AUGAAACCUCAGCUGCUUUCUUGUGCCGUGCUUCUCCUUGGGAGCCGUGCAUCUGUGGCUGAUGCACAGCAAAUACCACUCGGACAGGAUGAUCCAUCGCGUGACAGCCACCCCCGUGCGGUCUCACCAGACCUUGACGCGUAUAUUGAGGGGAUCAUGGAAGAUUGGCACGCGCCCGGCGUGACCGUCGCUAUCGUUGAUGGGGAUAAGACGUGGGCAAAGGGCUAUGGCUACGCGGUUCUGAACUCGACUCCGAUGACGCCUCACACUCUUUUCUACACGGGCAGUACUACAAAGUCGUUCACGGCAGCCGGUCUCUCACUUCUCAUUGAUAACGCCACUGCCAAUUCCUCCGUCUACUCCGGCCUCACAUGGAAAACCCCGGUCUCUAGCAUCCUCCGUGACGAUUUCGUCCUCAGCGACGAAUGGGCAACGGCGCACAUCACUCUCGAGGAUGCCCUAAGCCACCGGACGGGCUACCCGCGUCACGACCUGGCGUCGGCGGAGACUACCCGAGAGACAAUCCGCCUGCUGAGACACUUGCCGAUGGCUGCUGAACCACGCACAAAGUUUUUGUACAGCAACAAG